UCACCGCUCUUUAUUAUUCCUCUUAUGCUGGAUAUUGUGGUUUUAAUUUGCGCCGCUUUUCUGCCUCAGUAGUUGCAGAAUCCCGUUAACGUGCGCCAUGGGUCUGCUUGACCAGCUGUGGGACGAUACUGUUGCGGGGCCUCCACCGGAUAACGGCCUUGGCAAGUUGCGGAAGCAUUCGACCUUCAACUUCCGGUCAUCCUCUGGCAAGGAAACCGAGGGUCGAAACGCGAGAUCUUACGGCGAGGAUGCACCAGAGGAGGUGACUAGAGUUACGCGCAGUAUCAUGAUAGUCAAACCGCCUGGAUAUCAGAACGGUUCUCCACCAGUAUCGCCUGCCGGCUCUACUCCUCCGGUAUCUCCCUUCUCUGGAGGCAGAGAGUCCUUUCGGUUUCGAAGAAGAUCAACAUCGGAUGCAUACGAAAAGGCAAGCGAGGCUGGACCCAGGGGUCCUUCUCCUCCUUACGACGUGUGAAAUAUGAGAUGAAUGUAAUGUCUUUUUCACUGUGGGAAAGGCCAAACCAAUGUUAAUUUGGAGAAGUUUGUAUGCAAAGGUGGAUUAUGUUUUAGUUAUUGUUCUAGUGUAGUAGCUGUGUUUCGGAUGUUUUGGGCUUAGUGAUGGUGUGUGAGAUGGGUUGUAAUGGCAGCGAUCGUGUGGUAAUGUAGUUUUUGAUAUCUGUAUAUAAGCUUUCCUUAAUUUCUGCUCA